GCUCAGACUUCAUCAUGGCGAGAGUGGAAUAAAACCUCGCUCAUAAAUAAACAGUGAAAAUGUAAGUGUUAUUUCUGUGUUUCUCGGGAAAUUUUAUCAAGAAAACCAUGUCCAAGGAAGUGAUAAUUGUAUUUGUGUAUGAUAAGGAGAAGUGCCAGGAUGAAGCUGAUGAUCCAAUCAGUGCCGUGUCGUACUUCCACCCAACCUGGGUCUCAGACACACAAAAGCUCACGCUCUGUGGUCAGUUGAUGGGAGUUUCCCACUUCCUGGAGCUCAACUUCAACCGACCGCGCAUUAUUUGCCUGGAAAAUGGGAAGUUCGUCAUCAAGGACUUCGGUCGCUUCCUUCUGGCCAUCGGCACGGAUCGCAAUGUCUCAGAUUCAAUCCUCGAGCACAGAGCCAAAAUGCUGACGUCGCUAGUCAAGCUGUUUCAUCGUGACUUGGAGAACAUCUUCGAUCAGUGCAUGAAUCUCUCCGGACAGUACAGGAAUUUCUGCACAAAGCUCUACUACAUCAUGGAGACUUACAUUUCCGCCAUUCAGUAUCACGGCAACAUCUUUCAGAAUGUCCCCACACUGCGACUGCCCACGAGUGCCAGCAAUAUCUUCCUGGAUGCCAUGCAAACGCUGCAAUGUUGCCAGCAGAGCAAGGGAGUCUUGGGAGGAGCGAUUCUCUAUGAGAACAAGAUCAUAGCGACUCAAUUAUCGCCAAUGUUGUCCAAGCAAGUCGUCUUAACAGAUCCAUAUCGCAUGAAGUCCACAGCUGAAGGAAUCACAGUGAAAUUCCACGUUCCCGUUGGAGUGCAGUUGAUUGGGCUCUACAUUCCGUACAGUGAAUAUCUGAGAUUGCAGAAAGAGGCCACCAAAGCUCAGACUUCCUUCCCUCAAAUGACCAGUGCGUCUGUUUACCCACCGCAGAUCAAGCGAAAGAUGAAGCGCGAUAAGUCGAUAAUUUUCUCAAAUAUUCCGGAAGAGGAGGUGACGACUGUCACUGAGGAUGUGAAGCCGAAGGCGAUCAAAUCAAGACCAACGCAUUUGCCGCUACGCUUCAAAAAUGUCUCUGGGAAGGAUAUUCCAGAGUCUGGCGUGAAUUCCAUCACUUUUGACGAUACAGACAGUUUUCCUCAAUUUAUUGGGAAGACAAGCGUGUGCUCAACACCGAUAGCGGAGAAUAAGAUUCUGGUUGGCAGUGUGAUGCCCAUUUGUGCCAAUCGCACGGCCGUCAUUCCGGAAAAUGUGGAUGAAAAUGGGAAGGCGAAAGAUGAGGAGGAUGUCAAAUUCAAUCACUCAAUCACGAGACCUCAGACGAAAUUUAAGAAGUUUAAGAGGCGCUUCUCAUUUCGUCCUUUCCAGAGGAGUUUGACUCAAGUGGGCUUGGCGCUGAUCAAUGACAAGAAGAUCAAUACUGGCUAUCGUUGUCAGACUAUCGCAGAUCCAAAUUAUCCAGUGUUCAAUGACGAUGGCUUGCCAAUAUCAAAGUGUUUGUACGACAGUUGCGUGGAUAGUGAAGCUGAAGAGGCUGUUGAUGCGCUGAACAAUCUGACGAUUGAAGGCUUCGAAGGCGAGCCAGAGGUGAAAGAUGAAGUUUCGAAUGUGGAGAUCAAGAAUGACACCAACAAUAAGGAGAAGAGGAAGUCCUUGACACUUCCUCUGAAAUCUUUAAAUACAAAUGUCACGGAUUCUCCGAUGAAGGUCAAGCCUAAACUCUCAGGAAUCCCAUUGACGCCUCUCAUGUCCAAAUUGAGCAUCCUGGCGGCGAAUGAUGAGCGAUCCAGUGGCUUUUCCAGCUGGGACACGACUCCUGGCCACACGGAAGGCUCCAUAAUGACUCCCAUCGAUAUCAACAGAACGGCUUUUCGCAGACGAUCUUCGGCAGCCAGAGUUGAGGACAUGGAAAUCAGUGAGGACACCGAAGGUGCCUCCCAAAGAGUUGAGCUCUUCAUCUGUGGCCAUCAAAAUAUGACGAUGAUUCUCAUGAUGGAGGAGAACAGCGCCCAGAAGCACGAAGUUGUCCACGCAAUGUGGGAGAUUUGUAUUUCACGACUGACGAAGAUUGAGAAUUCCCUGCACAAGAUCCUGAAUGUUAACGUUGACGGUUUGGUGGACAAGAGCGACGGGAAUUACAGUUUUAUCCAGUUCGACCCGAAGUGGGACAUCAUUCAUCGCGGCGGUCCGUGGACAGCCGAAGAGCUGGUAAUUCUCGAGGACAUGCACUCAGACUUCAAGGCGAAUCCCAGCUUCACGGAAACCAUCAUCAGAUGCGAAGACGCCAUUGUGUAUGGCUAUCAGUGCGGAGACACGCAGAUCUUCUACAAGCAGCCAGUCCACUCGCAUAAGGGCCUUCCGCCGCCCGCCGAUGCCAUGGGAAACGUCUCUCUGGUGGCGAAGCGACGCCUCGAGCGCGAUCAUUCUAUUAUAUUGCUGUAAGAAGUCACACUGUCUGUAUUCCCGUUGUAAUUUUUUGAUUUUAUGUUUUACUAGCGAAAAUUGUGGAUUAUGUCGAUUAUGUGAUUAUUUUCUGUCAUAAUGAUACUUUUAAGUUCAAAGAACACACCAAAAUUCAGUAAUUGUGAGCCAUAGAUAUUUUUAAAAGACAUAUUUUAGCUAUAUUAUAAGUAGAAAUUGUGAGUAGUUUGUCUAGCGUAACGUGUAUCACAAGAAUUUAUUAUUCGCCGACUUGCCGUAAUCCGUAGAGAACGAUUUAGUCAAUCAGACACAUUUUCAUGUUUGUUGAAGCAACAUUAAAAACGUUCUAGAAUUGUUUGCCAUUAAAGUGGCGUAUUAUUAUAAUAAAGACUCGAUAAUGUAA